CGCUAAUAUGCCAAUCCUUGUCAUUUCUCUCGCUGCUGUAUACCUCUGAGUUGUAUUUGUGUGCAUGGUGAGACGAGCUGUAAUUUGUUGCUGCUAACGCAGUACCAGACGCCUCAGAGCAGUCAGAAAACCUUUAUGACAGCAGGUGAAUAUUGAAUAGUGGCUCUAGCUGAAUAUAUUUAGAAAAGAGCUCGUAAGAAUGACUGCCUUAAGUCUAACCUGCUUGUCGCUUACGUUGGCAUCUCUGGUAACUCUGUCUGACGCGGCUACGUCCUGCAAGAAUGAGAAAAAUGCUGAUGUUGACUGGUUCUUCAUGUACAAGCUCCCGAGAGGAGCACAAGGAAAGGACAAAGUGAGCGUUCCGAGUGGCGAGGAAUACCUGUACAUCGAUUCUAGGACGCCGACAUCCACGCCCUACUGGAUGCUGUCCACGCAUAACAUCUUCAAUGAAAGCAACUCACUUGCCAACACAAUUGCUCCUCUCACAGCAACGGAGAAGCCACAGAACCUAGCGUACGCCGUUUACAAUGACCAGCCCCCGUACCACCUCGAAGAAAAAAAGUCAAGCAAUGGACACACCAAAGGACUGUUCAUCUUCGACGGUGAGUCGGGUGUGUGGAUUAUUCACAGCGUUCCAAAGUUUCCCGAGAUGCUCCACAAGGGCCAGUACUCUUUCCCACCCAGUGGACGCGAGUACGGCCAGACAAUUCUGUGCGUCACUUUCCCCACUAGCCAGCUGGAGACAAUCGCCAUGCACCUGAGGCUGCAGUACCCAAACAUCUACGACAGCUUCGCGCCGGAAUCGCUCCGCAAGGGUCGUCCUGCUCUGAACCUUCUUCUGGCUCGUAAGUUCAUCCGUGAGGCACCGUGGGUUCUGACUGCUACGCUCAAGGACGUCUCGAACAACCCUUACGUCAGCUUUGCCAAGCACGGCCGCUACAACAGAGACGUCUACUCAGCUGCUGUGGCCAGCAACCUCGAGACCAACCUAUUUGCCUCCACGUGGCGCAACGGAGCCGGUGGCAAGGUACCCGCCGACUGCAACGACACGUACACCGUCACCAACGUCGAUGCCUUGCGUUUCAAGAUGAGCAAGCAGCAGCUAGACAUCAGAAACGGCGAGGACCACAGCAAAUGGGCCAUCUCGGAGGAGACCUCCAGGCGAUACGUGUGCAUCGGAACCCUCAACCGCAUGCACUCACAGUACCGAAGAGGAGGACAGACGCUGUGUUUCAAGAACGCCCUACUUCACAAGCUGCUCCUGAGAAGUGUCACCGAGUUCGAUAACUGCAGCAUAUCAAAAUGAUCGUUAAGAUAGCAGUCACUCAUGACCUUGGCUGUUUGCGCAAGCAACUAAAUUAACCAUCGAUUACUGCACCCAGGUUCACGACAAAUAAAGAGCGUUAUCUGCUCCAA